ACAUUAUAUUGAUAAGGAUAACCGGGGUUUUGAGAAUCGUUUAAAAUCGAAUAUCUUAAUUUUGCUACUCGCGCUAUCCGUACUAUUAUUUGUUGUGUAUUGUAAAAAAAAAAUUCACAUAUAGUAUCAUGUUAUCCACAAAAUUCGUAAAAAUCGGUUUACUGUCUAGAUGUGCUGCAAUAUCUAGAAUGCAAAGCUCACUAAUGUUAUCAACAAACCUCAUGCGUUUUUCCACGUCGAAUAUUCUUAAUGAUCGCCAAUAUACAGAAAAACACGAAUGGAUCGAAGUGAAAGACAAUGUAGGUACAGUUGGAAUUUCACAUUACGCUCAGGAUGCAUUAGGUGAUGUAGUAUAUGCAGAGUUGCCUACUGUGGGCACCGAAGUUAAAGUAAAAGAUGAAUGUGGUGCUUUAGAAAGCGUUAAAGCCGCUAGUGAACUUUACAGUCCUGUAUCCGGUAAAGUAGUUGAUGUUAAUUCGUCAUUAGAAACAAGACCGGCUUUAAUUAAUCAAUCGUGCUACAAUGAUGGUUGGCUAUUUAAAUUACAGUUGUCUUCUCCCGAUGAAUUGACAAAUUUAAUGACUGAAGAACAAUAUACCGAAUUUCUUAAAAAAAAUCAUAGUUAAUAAAAUUCUUCUAAAUUCAUAAUAUAUAUCAGUCAAAUUAAUAUAGGGAAUAACCUCAAUUAAUCCCCUACUGUUAUAUAUAUAUAUAUAUAUAUAUAUAUGUUUAUCUCUAGUU